CAGCUGUCAAUCAGUCUAUUUUUCAGGUGAUUUUUGGAACGAUAGAAGGGGUCCACGAUACUAAGGCAGUAUGAGUGUGGGCUUCAUAGGAGCUGGUCAAGUGGCCCAUGCCCUGGUCAGAGGCUUCACUGCUGCGGGCGUGAUUGCUGCCCACAGAAUCACUGCUAGCUCUCCAGACACUGAUCUCCCAACAGUGCAUGGUCUGCGGAAAAUGGGUGUGAAUGUCAUCACAAGCAACAAAGAAACUGUGAAGAAAAGUGAUGUCCUGUUUCUGGCAGUGAAGCCUCACAUCAUUCCUUUUGUGUUGGACGAGAUUGGACCAGAUAUUGAAGAACGGCAUCUUAUUGUGUCCUGUGCAGCAGGUGUCACUAUCGGCUCCAUAGAGAAGAAGCUGAAACUGCAUCGACCGUCUCCAAAGGUCAUGCGUUGUAUGACCAACACUCCUGUCGUGGUGCGAGAAGGGGCCACAGUCUAUGCCACUGGAACUCAUGCGGAGGUGGAGGAUGGAAAGCUUCUGGAGCAGCUAAUGGCCAGUGUGGGCUACUGCACUGAGGUUGAAGAGGAUGUGAUAGACGCUGUCACAGGCUUGAGUGGCAGUGGCCCCGCCUAUGCAUUCACUGCAGUAGAUGCUCUUGCUGAUGGCGGGGUAAAAAUGGGGCUGCCCAGAAGACUAGCCGUACGACUCGGGGCACAAGCCUUACUGGGAGCUGCUAAAAUGCUGUUGGAUUCAGAGCAGCAUCCUGGGCAGCUCAAGGACAACGUUUGUUCACCAGGGGGAGCCACCAUUCACGCACUGCACGUCAUGGAGAGCGGAGGUUUCCGCAGCCUUUUGAUUAAUGCUGUGGAGGUCUCCUGUGUAAGGACGAAGGAACUCCAGUUUUUGGCUGACCAAGAGAAAAUCUCCCCAGCUGCUAUUAAGAAGACAACUCUUGACAAAGUACUGCAGCAGCCAGGUGUGAGUGCAGAUGCUGUUGGAGUUAGAUCUCAUGGGAUCAGUAUGUUUGGUAAUCCACGACCAAAGAAGAGCUAAGGGUGAAAUUCUGGGUGAAGACUGGUGAAAUGUCCCGACAUUAACAUUCAGUCACUCCUUUGGU